AUGAGAGAAGGGAGGGAGCAAGUAGGAAGGAAGAAAACGACGGCUCGCGCGACCUUGAAGCCAGCUGCUGAGGAUGAUUUCCGUGGGCGGCACGGUAUAGAACGUUUUGCAAGAGUGCUACAGGAACAACAGAGAAUGCGACAAGAGCGUGAGAGACAACAUCAGAGGCUUCUCUGUGCUGAUCCGUUCGAUGUUGAAGCUCAACGGCUUAUUGCUGAUGAAAUCAAGCAAAAGAACAUUGAUGCCAAUAUGGAAGCUGCUAUUGAAUUCAAUCCGGAAAGUUUUGCUCAAGUCACCAUGUUGUACAUCAACUGUAAAGUCAACAGUCAUCCUGUCAAAGCCUUUAUUGACACAGGUGCUCAAACAACAAUAAUGUCUGCCCGCUGCGCAGAGCGGUGUGGCAUCAACCGCCUUGUUGACUCUCGAUGGUCUGGGAUUGCUAAGGGUGUUGGUGUUCAACGCAUUGUUGGUCGUGUCCACAUGUGUCAGAUCCAGAUUGGUCAGGAUUUCCUUGUGUCCAGCUUUUCCAUCCUCCAGGAGCAGCCCAUGGAUAUGCUCCUUGGUUUGGACAUGCUCAAGCGUCACCAGUGUGUGGUCGAUUUGAAGAAAAAUGUGUUGCGGAUUGGAACUACUGGAACUGAGACACCAUUCCUUCCAGAAUCAGAUCUUCCAGAAUGUGCACGCCUUUCUGGAGGGACUGCAGAUGAUGACUCUAAUGCAGAUAUGAUCAAACAGAGCAUUCAAGAAGCAGAAGAUCGAGAAUUGGCCCAGGCUCUAGCUCAUAGUGUCCAUGAAGAGCAUAAGCACAAGCCUAUUUCCCUGCCAUCAGCCUCCAAUCCCUCAAUACCUACCAAUGAACCCUCCACUUCCAAUGCUGCUGACCAGGAUCCAGAGGAAGAGGAAGCGAUCAGGACGGCACAUUCACCUGUUCCCUGGGCCAUUCUCAUUUGGUUAAUCCGGACUUCUAAGGAUGAGGCAUGGAGUAUGUAUGCAGAAUAUGAUGUUUAUUCCCCUUGGAACCUAGAAGACCUUUCUAACAUGUUGGUGAAGACCUGGACAAAUGCUCACAAUUCUUAUCAUUUUGUCUCACAGAAAGCCUACAAGCACCAGAUCCUGAUCUCAGAGGGGAACAUGCAAUCAGCUGAAGAUGACAUCUCUGAUCAGCCUAAUGCUGUUGUACGGUUCAUUUACCGCGUUGGCCAGAUGUACCAAUGGGCCCUGGAUGAAACAGUCCCUUACACGAAAGGUCGCUGGGUUUUUGCCCUCCUCCUAAACAUUGGUUUCUUCAUGCGCAUUGUAUGGCUCCAGGGCUGGUACAUCAUCACAUAUGGUCUUGGUAUCUAUCAUUUGAACCUCCUCAUCCUCUUCUUGUCCCCCAAGAUUGAUCCUGCUAUGUCAGAAUUUGAAGAUGAUGGACCAUCUCUGCCAACAAAGGUAAAUGAAGAAUUCCGACCUUUCAUGAGACGCCUCCCUGAGUUCAAGUUCUGGUACAGCAUGACAAAGGCCACACUUAUAGCUAUUUGUUGCACUUUCUUCGAUUUCCUGAAUAUCCCUGUGUUCUGGCCCAUCCUGGUCAUGUACUUCAUCACGUUAUUUGUUCUCACCAUGAAGAGACAGAUCAAGCAUAUGAUCAAGUAUCGAUACCUGCCUUUCUCAUAUGGGAAGCCCAAGUACCAAGGGCAAGUAGAUUCUGUUUCUGCAGUGAACUCCAAGUGAUUCUGAUCAUUAGUGUUGUCUGCAUGAUUGUGCAUUUUAAAUUCAAAGAUAAGCAUGAUGCCCAGAUUUGAUGACCCAUUAUAUCAGAUGCAUGAGUGAAUAGGAAAGAGAGACAUUCAAUCACGUUGGUGUUAUUAUUUGUUAUUUUAAUUAUGUUGGUGAUCAUUUCCUACUGGAAGUUGCUUGACUUUCAGAAGAUGAAAUGCUUUUAUGCAUCUUUCAUCACUGCUGAGUAAUAAAGGAAGUCCCAUAUGAGGGACAAACUUAUGCUAUGACUUGGUGAUUUAUUUUAAGUAAAGCGGACCG